CACCGGCAGGUACCUGAGUACAGUAGUACAACCGGUCAUUUUCAUUUGAUCUAUCUCAACCGGCGGUGUCUGUCGCCAGCCAACUGUGAGAACAAGCCGUAAACAUUGGUGCAAUCCCGCACAAGCCCUACAAGCCCUUGUCUUCCUGCGAGCAGUCGCUUGGAAGAGCAACUAUGGCGACCGCUAUCACGAACAAUCCCUCCGACCCAGCUGCCGUGCUGCGAGUUGCGCAAAAAGCCCCGGCCAUCCUUGCCAAAGCAUCUUCCGUGAGCACUACGUUUCCUGCAUCCAUCUUCAGUUCAGCGGACUCCACCGAGCUAUGGAGAGACGUGGAGCAACUGCUCUAUGCUUGUCUCCGUACAGGGGACGAUGAGUCGGCCUUUCUAUGUGUGGAGAGAUUGAAUGACAGAUUUGGCCCAAACAACGAACGUGUAAUGGCCAUGAGAGGCUUAUACCAAGAAGCUGUGGCGACAGACGAGGCGGCCUUGCGAAAGAUAUUGGAAGAUUAUACCAAGGUGCUGCAGGAGAACCCCAUGAAUGUUCCUAUCCACAAACGGCGGAUUGCCCUCGUCAAGAGCCUAGGGAGAAUUCAAGAUGCGAUCAACCACAUGGUGCAGUUUGUUGACUCUUUCCCCACCGACAUUGAGGCGUGGUGCGAGUUGAGCGACCUCUACGAGUCUCAGGGCUGUAUUCAACAAGCCAUCUUCUCCCUGGAAGAGGCCAUCAUCAUCACGCCCAAUGCCUGGAAUCUCCAUGCCCGGCUUGGUGAGCUCGAAUAUCUGGCAGCCACGUCCACAACCGACAAUGGCGAGGUGCAGAAGCGUUUGACGCAAGCAAUUCGGCGAUUUAGCCGGAGUAUUGAACUAUGCGACGACUAUCUGCGUGGAUUUUAUGGAUUGAAGCUUGCCACUGAAAGACUCCUAGAGGCAUCCUCCUCUGCAAAGGCAAAUGCAGAAGUUGCCAUAACGCCAGAAAAGUUGCAGAAGUUGAGCCGACUGGCCACGUCGCGACUCGAAGCCAUUGUGAAUGAUCGCAGCACCCGAAGACCACUCGGAGGGACUGACGCGGAAGUCAUUGCAGCCCAGCAACUGUUGAACAAAUCCAAAAGUUGAAGCACAUUCUGGCCAGAACCGACCCUUGAAAUACAGAUCAAAGGUCGACCCAUCAACGUCUGACCUUAUGAAAGCAAUUGGGUCCGCCAGACAGCACUUGCGCCUCUACGUAUGGCCGUUGCAGGCAACACAGCACCUCCGGAGCAAGCUGUGGUUCGUGCGAGAUCGUGUAAGACGCGGGCGUUUUCCACUAGCGUCGCAGCGACAGAUUGACGGUUGGGCAGCGGAUUGGCGCCGGCCAACGUGGCAGCAUUUCUGAGGAUGCCUCAGAUGUCGCGGCACCCGACUGAUGGCAAAUAACAUUGUGGCUUAAAUGGUGCCGAUGACUCUCGGUCGGUACAGCCUCUAAUCAGGAUGUCCUGGCCUUGCUUCCAGAGCAUUACACGCCACGAGGCAAACCUCUGGCUGACAUGUCUAUGCCCAACAUAACUCUGCCUCUCCAUAGCCUCACCCACAAUCUGCCUUGCCCAGAUGAGAAGCCAGCUCAGCAGGUGUGAGUCGUGACAGAGUGGGCAGUAAAAUAGCAAUUCCGAUCGACCGAGAGGACCCCGUUCCAGAUACUAGUAGCCAUUAUAAUAUAAACCGUGAAGAGAGCGCGAAGCAUCACCCACAGAUGACAGUGCUCGUCUUCUUGAGAAUCGUUCCCAUGUAGACUGUACUCUCAAUGCCACUUCGACCGUCUCUUACAGCUACGAUUUCAAACCCAUUGUCCACCCAUUCUCUGUGACCAGAGCCCUCCAUGUCUCAUCGUCACAACGGUGCUCCGAGCCAGAAAAAGACAGCGCGCAAGAAGCGCUUACUGGUCCUCCAACCCCUUACAAGUCCUCUGCAUCCCGGGCAUGAAUGCUUGUGUCACCCUGCGUCACCUAAGUACGCCCGAAGCCUGCAGGUUGUUGUGGUGACAAUUCGUUUCUUUGCCAGCCAGCGCACAUCUUGCUGUCUUCUCUUUCAGCCUGUUCACAAGCUUCCAAGUCCUGUUUAUCGCUUCAGGUUCGCGACCGCAGUCAAAUCGGUGGCCCUGUGUUAAGGCUCGGCUUUGUCCUUGUGGACUCGAAC